AGAGCAUGUCUUCAGUUAUGGUCACAUCCAAGCUGUCAGCCUCCAGCAUGGGCCAUGAGCACAGAUGCGCUUUGAACUUGAAGCUGAAUGCGACUUUAGAGACACCCAGCAGCACAGUUUUAGAGCACAGAAAGUCCUCAAAACCAAUUAUGGAAAAAAGGAGACGCGCACGGAUAAACAACAGCCUUUGUCAACUGAAGACACUUGUAUUGGACGCACUAAAUAAAGAUACUUCUCGGCACUCCAAACUGGAAAAAGCUGAUAUUCUUGAAAUGACAGUGAAGCACUUGACAAAUCUGCAACAAGCACAAAUGACUGCAACUUUUGGCACCAGUCUACACAUGCUUGGCCAAUACAGAGCUGGAUUUAAAGGAUGCAUCAACGAAGUGAUCCAUUUUAUGUCUGGUCAUGAGAGUGUGGACACUGAAGUGAAGACCCGACUCCUGUCACAUCUGGCCAGCUGUGUUUCACACUUGGACAUCAUGUCUUGUCAACCACAGCAUCACCUGCGCUCAUGCACGCCAAAACAGGGAUUCAAAGCCCAUGUGGUGCCGCACAUGAACGGUUCACUAGUCGUGUUGCCUCCAGAUGCUUCCAAGUUGAACUGCGGACUUCAGAUUGUGCCAUUGAGUGAUGGGACGUUCGCUCUUUUGAUACAUGGAUCAUCCGGCAUGACUGGGCCACAUAACGGUGCGCUUCAUGCUGGCGUGUCCUCUGGUGCACAAAUGAACGCUCUGGACUCCCUUUGGAGACCUUGGUAG